AUGGGCAAUAAUCCACAUGCUUUAGUGGUACCUUAUCCGGCAGAGGGACACAUUAUUCCUCUAUUGGAACUUUCCCAACGCCUAGUCAAGGGGGGCCUAAAUGUCACAUUUGUGAGCACUGAGUAUAUUCAUGAGAAAGUCAGAGAAAUAAUGGCAAGCAAGGAUUAUGACAUGGUGGAACAGAUAAAUCUAGCGUUGGUCAAAGAUGGGUUGUCGUUGGAAGAAAGGAAGAGGCCAGGGAAACUGUCUGAGUCAGUAUUGAAGAUCAUGCCCGGGAAAGUGGCUGAAGUCAUUGAACAGAUUAAUGGGUCAAGUGGAGAUCAGAUGAUUACUUGUGUGGUUGCUGAUCAGAGUCUUGGGUGGGCCCUGGACAUUGCUGAGAGGAAAGGGAUCAAGAGAGCUGCUUUCUGUCCUGCUGCAGCUGCCAUGUUGGUCCAAGGAUUUAGCAUCCCCAAGUUGAUUGAUGAAGGAAUCACUAACAAAGAUGGAACUUUGGCUAAGAAACAGGUAAUAAAGUUAUCACCAGAAAUGCCCGCCAUGGACACAUCAAACUUAGUUUGGGCCUCCCUCGGCAACACAGACAUGCAAAAGUACGUCUUUCAGCUCAUGGUAAAAAACAACACAUCUGUGAAGAAAACCGAUUGGUUACUUUGCAACUCAGCCUACGACCUCGAACCAGCAGCGUUUAAGCUGGCCCCACAAAUCCUCCCCGUUGGCCCGCUUCUCUCAAGCCAUAAAUAUUUCAAGGGUUCAAGUAGUAGCACCAGUUCUUGCCUUAAAUGGCUUGACCAACACCAACCAAAAUCAGUCGUAUACAUUGCCUUUGGGAGUUCCACAAUUUUAGAACCAACACAGUUUGUGGAACUGGCCUUGGGACUAGAGCUCUCCAAUAGGCCAUUCUUGUGGGUUGUGAGGACUGAUAACAAUGAUUUCCCAAAUGGGUUUCUCGAGAGAGUGGCUAAUAAUACUACUACCAAUAGAGGGAUGGUUGUGAAGUGGGCCCCACAAGAGAAGGUUUUGGGUCACUCUUCUGUAGGUUGUUUUGUGAGCCAUUGUGGGUGGAACUCGACCGUGGAAGGUGUGAGCAGUGGGGUUCCUUUCUUGUGUUGGCCUUACUUUGCUGACCAAUUUGUUAACCAGAGUUAUGUUUGUGAUGUUUGGAGGGUUGGGUUGGGGUUUGAUAGAGAUGAAAAUGGGGUCAUCACUAGGGAUGAGAUAAGGAGUAAAGUGGAGAGAGUGAUGUGUGAUGAGGAAAUUAAAGGAAUGGCUUUGGAGUUGAAGAAAAUGGCUGAAAAUAGUGUCAAAGAAGGCGGUAGCUCUACCACGAAUUUCAAGGCUUUUGUUGAAUGGAUCAAGUCCUAGAUCAUUUAAUUUAACUUCUUUUGUGUUUGAUUUUCAACGCUCUUUUUUUCUUUUUUCUUUUUUUUUUUUUUCAUUUUCAUUUGUUAUGCCAAUUCCUACACAAUCAAAAGCAA